AUGACAUUACUGGUGGGUUCACACGCUCCUAUAUUGAAGAACCGCCCUCCAGGCAGCACAGGAGAGGGUUCACACGCUCCUAUAUUGAAGAACCGCCCUCCAGGCAGCACAGGAGAGGGUUCACACGCUCCUAUAUUGAAGAACCGCCCUCCAGGCAGCACAGGAGAGGGUUCACAAGCUCCUAUAUUGAAGAACCGUCCUCCAGGCAGCACAGGAGAGGGUUCACAAGCUCCUAUAUUGAAGAACCGUCCUCCAGGCAGCACAGGAGUGGGUUCACAAGCUCCUAUAUUGAAGAACCGCACUCCAGGCAGCACAGGAGAGGGUUCACACGCUCCUAUAUUGAAGAACCGCCCUCCAGGCAGCACAGGAGAGGGUUCACACGCUCCUAUAUUGAAGAACCGCCCUCCAGGCAGCACAGGAGUGGGUUCACAAGCUCCUAUAUUGAAGAACCGCACUCCAGGCAGCACAGGAGAGGGUUCACACGCUCCUAUAUUGAAGAACCGCCCUCCAGGCAGCACAGGAGAGGGUUCACACGCUCCUAUACUAAAGAACCGCCCUCCAGGCACCACAGGAGUGGGUUCACAAGCUCCUAUAUUGAAGAACCGCCCUCCAGGCACCACAGAACUGAUCCGCUACCCACUCUUUCCACCGGCCCCUUCUACAAAAUGA